UGACGCGAAAACCUGCACCCCAACGGCAAUUAAGCAAAAAAAAACUUGGUUCAACUGCUUCCACUCCCGUAGAUGGGCUAAAAAUCAGUUAAGGGUUAAAGUAACAUCUUCUAUUAUCUGCAUUCAAAGCAGCCGGUUUUUGCUUGUUUUAUAUUGUUCCGACUAAAAAGCGAUAUCCAAGAUGUUGAUUGGACUCGUGAGGGAAUCGGUAAUGCAGUGUUUCUGCCAUACGUGCAGAGCACCUUUACCCUCGACCAUUGCGACUGUUAACAGAAGGAAUAUUCCAAUUACAAAGGUGAAAACGAAACCUCGAACUUACCAACCCAAGAGGGUACAAUUUGUUACUACCGAAGUAAGAUGUCAAGAAAAAACUCGAGGCGGAGUCCGUUACGAGGUAAUACUUGGGGAACCGGACGUAAAAGCAGACCCUCCAAAAAAGAAGAUGUCCCCUAGGAAUUUCGUUUCGGUGCAGGACAUCGAAGACAAAUUGAAGGCUGCUGAGGAACGCAGACAGCAACUGGAAUCAAAUAAGAUGGCCGCUUUAUCAGCCAAAAUGCAAAAAAUUGAAGAAGCCAGUCGCAAGAAAGAUGAACAAACAAGCCAAUUCAUCACUGCUACUAGACAAGCCCUAGAACAAAAGAUGGGCACUGUCACCGAAAAACGAGAAGCUUAUAUAACCGACUUGAAAACAAAAUUGAAGGACCACAUUGAGAAUGUCGAAAAGACGCGACACUCUUUGGAAGUGCAAGCCGACGAAGUGCGUAUGGCUAUUGAGGAAAAACUGAAAAUUGCGUCGAUUCAGAGAGAUGAAAAUAUUAAGAAGAUGUUGGAUCGUCUAAAGGAACAUGAGGAUCAAGUGCUUAAAGUUAAAUCUUCCAAUAACGCCAAACUGCAAGAACUUGGUAACCAAAUUCAAGAUAAACUGGUUCAGGCUCAGAACCGCAAGGAACAAAUGGAGCAGGAACAACUAGAAAAACUAAGGAAGAAUAACUUGAGGACUAUCGAGAAGCAGAAAAGCGUUGAGUCUUCAAUCGAAAAUCGCAAAUCUGAGGUGAUUAACUUGCUCGAGAACAAGCUGUGCAUCGCUGAACAAAUCAGAGAGAAAGAGAUUCAGAAAAAACUUGAACAGGCCAAGAAAAACAAUGAACACUUGACUGAAAUCAAACAAACGUUGGAGACCAAAAAAACUGAGCAAGUGCAAAAACUUGAAAGUAAGCUAUCCGCUGCAGAACAAAAACGCGAAGAGGAAAUUAAGAAGAAAUUGGAAAAUAUUAAAAAGCGAGAGAAACACGCCGAAGUUGUGCGUCAAAACAAGGCCGUAUUGAGCGCCAAAGAUGCCGACAAAGAAGGGGAAAUGGUUUCUUCUGGUUAAUGGGUUACAUGUCUAAAGUAGUUAUUUAUGUCAACUUAUACUCUGCUGCUUAUGAUCCAGUUGGCAUACUUUUUGAGAAAAUAAUAUCAUUAGAGGAACUAGUUUCUAGUCCUCUCGAUUUAUUGCUCUUAGACUGAGGUUUUUGUGAUUAUUUUUUCAUGUUCGAUUAUUAUUACUGUUUUAUUUUUUAGUUGUAACAUUUUUAGUGGAGUCAUUAUUAUUCAGUUAUUUACAAAUUUAAAAAAUACAAGGUUUUCAUAAUGUGUGAGUUUUUUAAGAGUCCGUGAUAAUUUAAAAUUUGAACAAAUUAUUAACUAAUAAAAGUGAAAAGUAAAUACUAUUUCUACCUGAACGAUUCAACUGAGCUUUGAUUUUUAUUGAAUCGCAGGAUCUUAGAAAUAUACUGUUUGAAAUAGAGGUAAGCUAAUACAAUUAUCUAAAUAAGGAAAUUAAUUUUUGAAAACGUUACAUGACCAGCUAGCUUAGCGAACUAGAUAUGGAUAAGGAAAAUAAAGCUUAAUUUUUAUUUUGCGCUGUUUUGUAGAUAGAUAUUCCAAAUUCUUCAAGUGUUGAUAAUUUUACACUGAUAUAAACGUCGUGGAAUGGGAAGUAAAUAAAAUGGGGAAAUAUGAAAUGUCUGCUAACAAAAACCUCAGCAGGCAAUUCAUAUUUUUUUUUGUAUUCUGUGAGUUAAUGCCUGUAAAAGUAGGACAGAUGCAUCUGGGAAAAAGUGAUAAAAUUAGAUAGGGUUUUACAACAAAUUUGUAAGGAGGUUUAUGUAGUUAGAGAUUAGUAUAUUUUCACUUCAUUAUUUGUAAAUACCGUAACGUAAUCCGAUAUCCUCGCUGUAUUGCCAAUUUACCUAAGAUUACACCGUUUCCACACUUACGCUAUUCGAAUCGAUUCGAAAGUACGACAAAUAUAUUUCUUUGAAGUUUAUUGCGAGCACACCAUUGGAAUCGACCCGUUUCUAAAAUUGACUGAUUGGAAACAACGCUCACAGACUAGAUGUUUAAACAAUAGCAUGAUACAUUAAAGACAGAAUGAUGAACUCAAAAAAAUUAUAUACACGGCGGUAGACUUUCGAUCCUGAAGCGUUGAACAUUACAUCGAACCUGCAAGAAUGAUAGGAAAAGUGCAGUAUAACAACAUGGAUAAUUGACACGAUUUAUUUCUGUUUCUAUUAAUAGCAUCUUUAUGGUCGAUUUUAAACCACCCUUAAGGUAUGGUAAGCCAAUUCGAAACAAUAACCGACUGCGUAAAAUCAGUCCUUUUUGCUGAUUAGUUUUCACGUAUAUAAAAUGAUUGUUCAAUGUUUGUUUUAUUAACUAAGGUGUAAGUUUGUGAAGUUUUAGAGGGUUUUUUCAGGCUGGGGUGUGUUAUGACUUUCGAUUAAAAUGUAUGAAAAUUUCCUAUUAUAAAAAGGCUGACCAACCAUAUAAAGCAACAUUCUGUUUGUUCUAAAUUCUAAAUCUUGAAAAAAUAAUAACGCGCCAGGAUCUUAACAGGUUUUCAAACAUUUUACGAAAACCAUAAAGAAAACAGAGCGUUUAAAGUUUAAAUGCACUUUUCUUAUCGUUUUCACGGAUACGAUGCACUGCUCCAAUUCGUCUCGACUGAGCCACCCUCAUAUCUUGCCAUAUAAAAAGUAUUUUAAACGUCCUUCUUACAAGCCAGAAUAAAUGUUGCCAUAUUAAAGUAGCAAGUAAAUUUUGUCACAAGUUAUUGGUUCUUAACUCGCAUAUCACCCUGUACAAAUGAACAAUCGCUAACAUCCAUUCAAAUUGUAUAGUGCACUGAAAUUUUAUACAUUUAGAAAUAGGUUGCACUUGCAAUAAUCCACCCGGUUUUGUCGUCAGUCAAGUGUGUGUUUUAAUAUCUACAAUAAUACAGUAUUAACAUUCUUCGUAGUCGAAGCUAAAAUAAACAUACAAACUAUUUUCGCAUUUGAUAGGUUGAAUGGAAAUGGAAUAUCAAGUUUUGAACAAUACUAAUUCUCAAUAUUUAGAGCUGCUUUUCUUGUUUUUAAUCAUUACUAUAUUAUACUAACUAAGACGGAUGCGACUGCUUUGCGAUGGACAGCUUGGAGUGUUUGCUAAAUGAACGUUAACUAGCUCAAUAUUAGUGUGUUGUGGUGUAAGAGAUAAAAUACAUUAUCGUAUGAGUAUUCGGGUCAUCAAAAUAUUUUAUGAGAAUGAAAUAUCGCAACUAAAUGUCGUUAAAACAUCCAAUUUGCUGUUGAACUCAGUGAUGCAUUUUCAUAAAUGUUCUGAUCUUAUUCAGCUAUACAUUUCGAUUAGUUGAAACAUGUAAUAUAAAUGGGCUAUAAAUUAUAGAAAAUAUGCUGGCUUCUGUGAUGAGUUGUUCCAUUAUUGAAAUAUCGUAUUGAAUAAAAUAAGCAUUUAUAGGUUGCAUUUAAAUCAUAUCAUGUCCGCUUUAGCAGCAUUUCAAACAUAUUAAUACGUUGUUUUCCGAUGACAUUUUCUACUUGUAAUAUUGUUAGACGAUAUCGACAGUUGCACUUUUUGUUCGCUUCCACGACUUAUUGUGGUAUAUUCUAGCAUUUUGUUGUUGUAGGGUCCACCUUGAUGCACUUAUCUGCAAGUGUACUAGCCAUUUGUUAUCAACGUAUUAAUAACAUACUGUUUCCCGAUUUGUUUUAGUAUGUAAUAUUUUUCUUUAACAACUGUUAUUAAUAAUGCGUACCUUUAAUUUUCCGUUUAAUAAUGCUUCGAUAAUAAAUCCAUAUUUAAACCGA